AUGGCGACUCCAGAUGCGUCUGAGGACGAAAGUCAUCUACCAUCAGCCUCUGUUUCCUCCCGAGAUUCUAGCCUUCGAUCUCACAAGCGUCCCCGAUUGGCCGCGCCAGGAAAGGCAUUACCAUCCGCAAGCGAACUCGAAAGUCAUGCUUCCGCAAGUCAAAAGCUGCAGACACGCAACUACGUGUCCAGCCGGUGGUCAGUAGCUGCUUCGCCUUCUAGUACCAGCAAAACGCUUCCUUUAGCAGCAAGGCAAACAGAACUUUCUUCCAAACCAGUCGAAUCAUCAAAAGCUUCACUUGCUGUGCCCAAGCGUAGAUUCACACGAAGUCGAUCCGGAUGCAGCACGUGUCGGACACGCAAGGUUAAGUGCGACGAGGCACGUCCGCGCUGUCGUCGCUGUAUUGAAGAUGGACGUCUGUGUCAAGGCUACAGUCCACACCGACCCUCAAAACCGCAUCAAUCUCAGUCAAGUGCGCCAGCCGAAACCCGGCCUCCUUCUGAUCAAGAUGUCAGCCUCACCAGCCAACAGCCUUCGCAAUCUCUCCGUGGACAGCACCUGACAGCCUCCUCGGAAGUAGUCGGUCCAUACCCUAUGACCUCGCCACAACAUCUGGAUGACUGGAUCGAUCUAUUGUGCUCAUCCAUUGGUAAUGAUAUCCCACAGUCUAGCAAUAGCAAUGCGAGCACCAGCGCAGCGAGUUUUGCAUACCUCGACAGAACUGCUAGCCACAAGCAAAUGCCUCGACUGCUCGAGGAUCAAGCGCAGAGGCCCGAACAUCCUUCGCAUAUGCACUCGGCACGCUCAGCAACAGAGCAGGGUCUCUCGACGUUGGCAAGCGCGGCUGCGGGAAUCGCUCCCACACCGCUUCAACCCGAUUCGCCCGGGUGGAUGAACGAGGAUUGGCUCUCGAUCUUAACGGCGUCCCCGGCCGAUUCUCAGCUAGCCGAUACCAGCUCUAACAAAUCAUCAUCAUCGUCCUCGACUCGCUCUAAGCUGCCAGCACUUGAUCGCAUCUCGGAGCCGGAUCUACAGAAGCGCAUUCGUGCGCUUUGCGUAACCAAGGUGCAGCUCGAAUCCGUCUCUUUCUUCUUCAACACUACCGCACGCUGCUUCCAUCUCCUGUCUGCAGACACAAAUGUGUGGCGGAUAUUUUUCGCGCAGCUCGCUUCCGAAUCGCCGGUAAUUCUUGAUCUUGUGGGCUGUCUGGGACUAACCCAUCUCAGCUUAACGCACGAUCAUCGAAAAAAGGGUUUGGCUCAUGCCCACUUUUCUCGAUGCAAGACCGAGUGGGACGGUAUGAUUGGCUCGUUGGAAUCGCCCGCGGCCAUCGACCGGGCCCUAGCACAGGUCACCACCGCGUAUCGUGUCCUCGAAGUACUCGCAGGAACCAUUCUCAUCGCCCAUAUCGAGCAAUUUAGCCGUGGAUUUGCCAUUUGCUCUCGUGCCUACACCGCAUUGGCCAUUGCAGUGAUACGCAAAUCAUUCAACUCUAGCUCAUCCCCAUGGUUGGAUGACCUAGAUCAGGGCCCUGGAUCAGCCUUCCGAUUCUUUGUCCGUAUCCUUUUAUGGUGGGAAACCAUGUCGCGCACCAUGGGACCUGCAAGCGAGCAAGGCGACAUGCUCGACAUGUUUGAGUACGUCUAUCGAUGGGAGGAGCCCGACAAUCCAAGUCAAGAUCCGAUUGGAUGCUCGACACAGUGUGUUGUCGGAUGGCCCCUCGACCUACUUGAGGCGGUCGAGCGUAUAACUCGUCUCAGCCUUCAUCCGGAGAUUGUGUCUUUCCAAUCGCGGCCGCCCGCUUCGCCCCCGCUCGUCAUGCCAUCGAGUUCUCUGUCGCACGCUCUGGAGGGCUCGAUAUCGCUGCAGUUACAGCAGCAGGUUGACACUAUUGAAACGCAGAUCCGUCUCGCUAGACCGUUGCCACUGGUCCAGGAUGACAGCAUUGCUGCUGAGCUGCGCUACCUUAUUUUCGAAUGUCUGCAGUCGGCUGCGCUCGUCUAUCUUUGCAGAAUGCUCCUCAAAUCGACUGAUGCCGUUUGGUUCGAGAUCGACAAGGUUACUCGCUUCCUCGAACGCAAGCAGCAACGAGCUGAUCAGCCAGAUCCUGCCUUUCCUACACGCACUGCACUUACGGGCAAUAGCACAAAAUGCGCCGAUCUCCAACUGACACAGGCGAUGGAGAUGCGAGGAAAGUGGUGGAUUCGAGCGCCAGAUGGAGCGUUGAUCUGGGCCUACUUUCAAUGUGCUUCUGAAAUCUUUGGUGCACUCGAUCCAUCUGUCAGCAUCAUGCCAUGCAGCAAGGGGCUAGGCGGGCGACAACAGUUCGGCAGUGGCAAACCCAUUUCACUAGCAUCUGGAUCGCAACUGACACUCGGCUCCGACGCGUACUCUGUCUUUGCACAAUCAAGGUCCGAGAGACGCCAGCGAUGCCGACGAUCCCUCCUGCUAUGGGAAAAGUUUGACGAGAUCCAGUGCGUCUUUCUCUGCCGUCACUUGCUGAAAGCGAUUUGGGAUCGACGUGAUCUCUACGAGUUAGAAACUUCCGAGGCGACUGCCAAAGAUACAAGCAGCACUGACGACAAUACAUCUCAAGUAAGGUACGAUCAAGUCUCGGAGCUCCGAGAUAUCUGUCGGCAAAGGCGAUGGAAGCAGCCCCUCGUCUUUUAA